GAAAGAGUUUCGGCGAAGGAGGAAGGAACAGGCGAAGCGGUGGAGGUCUAUUUAGCAAGAGGGGAUCCCUAUCUUUCCGGAGCGCGCAAACGGGUGGACACCCCCUUCCCCCGCUUUGGAGGAGAAUAUAGGCAUUGGAUUUUUUUUUCUGAAUUAAAGUGCUCUGUGAACCACAGUCAUGGCCUUGGCUGACAUCCAGAUGAAAUCAGAUGAUUUUUUGGAAAAAAGCCAGCUGAAUGCUGGUGGUUUUGGAACUGUCUCAUUAUGCUACCACAAAAAUCAUGGGCUAGUAGUAUUAAAAACUGUGUAUACUGGACCUCAACGCACAGAAUGUAACACUUCCCUUCUAGAGGAAGGCAUGAUCAUGCACAAACUAAAUCAUGAUCGGGUGGUGAAACUACUGGGUGUCAUCCUGGAAGAUGGAAACUACUCCCUUGUGAUUGAAUACCUACGCAAAGGAGACUUGAUGUCUGUUCUAAAAGCAACUUCUAUUCCUUUACCUUUGAAAGGACGUUUUAUCCAGGAGAUCAUUGAAGGAAUGCUUUACUUAACAGAACAACGUUUAGUGCACAAAGAUCUGAAGCCAGAAAAUAUUCUUGUGGAUGAAGAAUUUCACAUCAAGAUAGCAGACCUUGGUAUGGCUUGUUUCAAAAACUGGAGCAGGCUGUCUAAAGAAGAGACCAGUCGACAGAGGAAAAUCAAACAGGAUUCCAAGUCUAAUGCUGGCACCCUUUCCUACAUGGCCCCAGAACAUCUGAAGGACAUCAACACAAUACCUGUGGAGAAAUCAGAUGUUUACAGUUUUGGCAUUGUCUUAUGGGCCAUUUUUGCCUCCAAAGAACCUUACGAGAAUGCAGUCAAUGAUACGCAGCUGUGCUAUUGCGUCACAAUAGGGAACAGGCCACCUGUCAGAGAGGUGGAAGACAGUUGUCCAGAUGAGAUUAUAGUUUUAAUGAAAAGCGCUUGGCAGCAACAUCCAAAUGAUCGCCCAACUUUUUCAGAAAUACAUUUGAUUUACAACCCAUAUUACCAUGAAAACUUUGAACAAGAUGUGGAAGACCAUGUGAGAGAAUUAAAAGAAAUAUAUCCUGAACCAAUUGAACUUGUAAAACGGAUGGAAUCUCUCCAAGUAGAUGCUGUGUCAGAACCUUCCAGCAGAGCUCGAUCAGAUCAACCUGGUUCUUUACACAGUUCUCAAAAUUUCACGGCUAAUAACACUAUAGAUGAAAACAUGUUUGCGCCAUAUCCAGAAAAUGAGCCUGUAGAAAGCUGUGAAAAUACCUCUGAUCCCCCGGCAAACUUGCAUCGAAAAUUACAGGAUGAACUAAAUUACCAUCUGUAUGGCAGCCGGAUGGAUAAGCCAGAAAAUCCUUCUGCUGCAUAUAGUGCUGAAAUGCAAGAAGAACAGAGGCGAAAGAAAAAGGUUUCCUAUGACCCAUUUGCCAAAACGGCAGCCAUACCUCGGACACCAGAAUUUUACCAGAGAGCUCAAAACCUCCAAGCAAGUGUGAGUAACAACACUACCGGUACAGCUCAUUCAAGUCGUCCAUGGUACUCAACACCAUCAGGAGCAGUAGAUCCAAAUGGCUUUCUGGCGGCAGGAACUCUACAUCCCAGCAGGUGGCUAAGUACAGAAGAUCUCUAUGCAACUCCCUCAGCACCCUCAGCCACAAACUUUAAUUUCAAUAAACCACCAGUUCCAGAAUCUGGCAUAAACAGUCAGGCCAAGCCAUACAAUCCAUAUCAUCCUCAAAGCUUAAGCACAGAAACUGGUCCUGUGGAGUCGAUUCCCUGUAGAAAAUUCAACUUUGCACAUAUGGGCGGAAUACCUACAGAAGAACCUGCAAACUACAACAUAUAUAAUAGUACUGGAAUUCAAAUAGGCUCCUACAACUAUUUAGAAAUUAAAAAUCAAGAUAUUCGAGGAAACAGCCCUCAAGCAACCGCUGAUUCCUACCCAGUGGAAUACCAGAAAAUAUUUGAGAGCACUGCUAUAGUUUCAGAUGUUCACCUAAACCUUGUGAGAGACAACUUGGCCAAGAAGUGGAAACACUGCGCUCGUAAACUGGGCUUUAGUGACCCGGAGCUGGACGAAAUUGACCACGAUUAUGAACGGGAUGGGCUCAAAGAAAAAGUUUACCAGAUGUUCCAGAGGUGGCUGAUGAAGGAAGGCAGCAAAGGGGCAACGGUGGGGAAGCUGGCCAGAGCCCUUUUUGCUUGCGGUCGGAGAGAUCUCCUCAAUAGUUUUAUCAAAAUAAGCCAGGAUUCUGUUAGAAAUAACAGAUAAGAAGUCAAACAAGCAGCUGGAAGACUGGCUGGGUUGGACAUUUUUUCCAGAGGACAUUUUUGUAUUGCCACAAGAAGUUGUUGGUCAGGCCAAAUGCUACUCUACACAAGCAGAGUAAGGAAUGGGAGAUAAAAGAGCAAAUGAUGGUCAAUCUCAAGGGACGUUUUCAUAGCAUUCCCUAAAAAAAGAAAAGAAAACGCUACAAACAUAACAAUGCUUUUCAGC